AUGGUUAGGGAAGACAGAACUACCUGGAAGGCUAACUAUUUCCUGAAGCUUGUUGAAUUGUUUGACGAGUAUCCAAAGUGCUUCCUCGUCGGAGUCGACAAUGUCGGUUCUAAGCAGAUGCAGGAAAUCCGUCAAGCAAUGAGAGGUCAUGCCGUGAUCCUCAUGGGAAAGAAUACCAUGAUCCGCAAAGCCAUUCGCGGUCAUUUGUCGAAGAACCCGGCUCUCGAGAAGCUUCUUCCUUACAUCGUCCAAAAUGUGGGAUUUGUUUUCACAAAAGAAGAUCUUGGAGAGAUCCGUGCCAAAUUGCUGGAAAACAGAAGAGGUGCUCCUGCCAAGGCUGGCGCAAUUGCUCCUUGUGACGUCAAGCUGCCGCCUCAAAACACCGGUAUGGGUCCCGAGAAAACCUCGUUCUUCCAGGCUCUUCAAAUUCCAACAAAGAUCGCUAGGGGUACCAUUGAGAUUCUGAAUGAGGUACACCUUAUCAAGGAAGGCGAGAAGGUGGGAGCUUCCGAGGCUGCUCUUCUUAACAUGCUUGGAGUGACCCCGUUCUCAUACGGUCUUGUUGUUCUCCAAGUGUAUGAUAAUGGAACCAUCUACACUCCUGAGGUGCUUGACAUGACCACAGAGGAGCUUCGCAAACGUUUCUUGGCUGGAGUACGCAACGUUGCCGCCGUUUCGCUCGCUAUCAAAUACCCGACCAUGGUGUCCGUUGCUCAUUCGUUGGCAAGAGGAGUACAAAAUAUGCUCGGAAUUGCCGCCGUCACCGACGUCAACUUCAAGGAGGCUGCUCAGCUCAAAGAAUAUCUCGCUGAUCCGAGCAAGUUCGCAGCUGCGGCUGCCCCUGCUGCUGCUGCCACCGCUCCAGCUGCAGCCGCUGUUGAGACCAAGAAGGAGGAGGUAAAGGAAGAGUCUGAGGAUGAAGAUCUUGGUUUCGCUUGGGCAACUCCUGCGAUCAUGCUGAUCUUCAAGGACGUCUUCACAGAUGAUGAGUUGUCAUCGGACUCGUUCCCAAUGAAGCUCGUUGAUGACCUCGUGUACGAGUUCAAAGGAAGGCACGUUAUUCGCAAGGAGGGAGAGAUAUGUUUGCCAGGAGCCAACCCUUCAGCCGAAGGUGAAGAUGGUGACGAGGGAUCAGAGGAGGUUGUGGAGCGCGGAAUCGACAUCGUUCUCAAUCACAAGCUUGUGGAAAUGAACUGCUAUGAGGACCAAGCGACGUUUAAGUCGUACGUGAAGGGUUUCAUGAAGAAGGUUGUUGAUUAUAUGGAGAAGGAGGGAAAAUCAAAGGACGAGAUUGACACUUUCAAGAAGAAGAUUCAAGCUUGGGUGGUCUCACUUCUUGACAAGAAGCGCUGGAAAACCCUGCAGUUCUUCAUUGGAGAGCGAAUGGCUGAAGGUGCUGGUGAUGGACAGGUCGCCAUUAUUGAAUACCGUGAUGUUGAUGGUGAAGAAGUAACACUCGUCAAAUGGAAUGGCGCAGAUCAUCGUGUUUUCUGA